AUGAAAUAUUACAUAAUAUUUUUAAUGGGAUUUACUUCUGUAUUAGCAGCAACAAAUCCGCAACAAAGGGAACAACAAAAUCAAGAAAAUGAUAAUUUUACACAAAAAAGUAACGUAGUUGAAUAUGACCAUCAGAUACAAAAUCGUCCCGAAAAAAAUGAUCGCCGUAUCGAUUAUAAUCGGAAUCGUUCUUAUAGCAAUGAAAUGAAUGAAAUUGCCAGAACUCUUCAAAAUAAUCGAUAUAUUCAAAAAGCUAAACAAUCUUACAAUCAAAUAUUAAAUCGUGAUCAAAAUAAUCCUUAUGAAAUUGGUAGAGAUCGUACAUUAGGUGAUGAGAAAGGAUAUGAUUAUGGUGUUGGUAUAAGUGGUGGCUAUCAAAGUGGUUUAAUAAGUUCACAAGUAUUGAAAAUUGUUCCACCUUCUGGUAAAAAAGGAUCUGAUAUACCACAGAAUUAUCAACCAUCAGUAAAUUUUGAUCGAAAUCGAAAUAAUGAUGAUAUUUACGAUAGAUUCAAUCCACCAAAUAGAAUUAGUUAUACAAAUAAUCCACACCGUAUUGAUAAUAAUCAAAGCCCAUUAAAUUUUGAUAAUAGAAGACAACCAAUACAACAACAUCAUAAUCAACAUCAAUUUACAAAUCAACCAUAUAAUCAACCACCUUUUCAUCAAAACAAUAUUCUUAAUGUAGACUCUAUUAAUUCACAUUUUUCAAAUCAACCUUAUAAUCAUUAUCAACAUCAUCAUCAGUUUCCAUCUAAUAAUCAUGCAUCACCUAUUAUACCACAUGAGCAAUCACCUGGUCAUGUUAUAUAUCAUCAUGAUCAUGAUUUAAAUAGAAAACCACCAUUUAUACAAAAUAUUGCACUUGAUGGACGUUUUGAUUCCGAUUUUAUUAAUGGUGAUAUAUCAAAUCAAGAAAAAAGACCAUAUCCACCAAAUGUUUUGAAUGUUUUAGAUCGAAAUAGACCAUUAUCAUCAAAUUUAUAUGAUAGACAUGAUAAUAAAUAUAAUCAACAUGGUUUUGAUGGAUCACUUCAUACACCAUUUAGCAUAGAAUUACGUCCAAAUCACUUGGAGCGACCAAAUGACAAUGAUGGAGGUAGUAAUAGUAUAUUUAGUAGAUCUAGAAAUAAUAUUCAAAAAUUUCAAAAUGAAAUCAACAGGAGAUCUUAUCAGAAAAGGCCAGAAUUUCAAAAUUUCAAUUAUGGACCAUCUACUAAGGAUUAUUAA